AUGAAAACCCUCCAGCCAAUCUUCAUCAUCCGCCACCCCGUCUUCCGGAUCCCAUCGCUUUACAUCUCCUUCGCCAGAACCACAGCCAUCCGCCCCGGUGACGAGGACUGGGUCGCACUCUCAAACCUCAGAUCCCAACGCUUGAUCUUCGACUACUUCAAGAACCACACCGACAAAGUCCCAAUCGUGGUCGACGGCGACGACGUCGUAUGGAGGACCGAAGAGCUGGGCAAGGCCUUGGGACAUGCUCUGGAUUUAGAUUCAGCGGAUUUUAGUGAAACUUGGUCUGCUGUGCCGGAUGAGGAGAGUUCGAAGUGGCCGAUCAUUCGGAUCUUUCUGGAGACGAUUGAUGCUUCUACUGGAGUUGAGAGAGGGUCGGCAGGACGGCCGGAGGUUGAUGUGGAGGUGGCCUGUCAGAAGUGGGCGGAAAUGUAUGGGGCUGAUGUUGCGAAAGCUUUGAAGGGGACUGUUGAGGAGAGUUUACCGCAUUAUGAGUAUAUGAAGCAGUUCGCCAUCUGA